CAUUUUCUUUGUCGUCCUUCUCAGACUAAUUCCAGCUUUAAAUUCGAGACGUUCGUUUGAAGGUGGUGGCGAAUGGCAAUUGUUGCAAAAAAAUAUAGGAAUAUCACCUAUGCAUAUGCAACUCCUCCAUAAAAACAAAAUAGUAAUGUACGAUAGAACUGAUUUUGGCAGAUCAAAUCUCUCUUUAUCAAAUGGCCGAUGUCGUAUUGAUCCUUCGGAUACCGCCUUAGAAAGGGACUGUACUGCUCAUUCUAUACUAUAUGAUGUUGAAGCGAACUCAUUUCGACCUUUAAUGGUCCAUACUGACACAUUUUGUUCAUCUGGCGCGGUUCUUCCAAAUGGAAUGCUAGUACAAACAGGUGGAUUCAAUGAUGGUGAACGGAUUAUACGUACAUUUGCUCCAUGCAACAAUGAAAGAUGUGAUUGGACUGAGCACGUGAACUAUCUUUCAGCCCGACGAUGGUAUGCUACUAACCAAAUAUUGCCAGAUGGUCGAGUAAUCAUCCUUGGCGGUAGGAGGCAAUAUAGUUACGAAUUCUACCCUAAAAGAGAUUCAGCAUCAUCGAAUUUACGUAACUUAACUUUUUUAAGAGAGACUCGUGAUGCUUCCGAGGAUAACUUAUAUCCAUUUGUACAUCUUUUACCAGAUGGGAACUUAUUCAUUUUCACUAACACAAGAUCAAUCUUACUUGAUUAUGUUCAUAAUCACGUGAUUAAAGAAUACCCACAAAUCCCUAGUGCUAACCCGAGAAAUUAUCCUAGUUCGGGUUCAUCCAUUUUACUUCCCCUUGAUUUUUCAUCCUUAGAAGAUCCCAAGAAAGUUGUAGCUGAAAUCAUAAUUUGUGGUGGUGCACCACCACGUAGUUACUUACAUGCAGGGCGAGGCAAUUUCGUACAUGCAAGUUCAACGUGUGGACGAUUAAAGGUAUCAGAUCCACAUCCAGUUUGGGUAAUGGAACAAAUGCCCUUUCCUCGGGUCAUGGGGGACAUGCUCAUCUUACCAACAGGUGACCUGAUGAUCAUUAAUGGAGCACGUAAAGGUACUGCAGGUUGGCUUUUGGGUCGUGAUCCAGUUCUGGAACCCAUCAGGUAUAGCCCCCAUGAAAAUGUAAACAAUAGGUUUUCGGUGAUGAACCCGUCAACCCGACCUAGAAUGUAUCAUUCCACGGCUGUAUUAGUACCCGAUGGGAGAAUUAUAGUAGGAGGAAGUAAUCCGAACGAAGGUUAUAAUUUCACUGGAGUAUUAUUCCCUACUGAUUUAAGCUUGGAAGCAUUUCAUCCACCGUACUUAGCACCGCAUAGUGCAGCUAUUAGACCUAGAAUCACCAAUAUUGGUAACGUUUUAACAUAUGGGGGAUCUAGGGAUAUUUUGUUCACUGUUUCUUCGUUUCGAGGGAAGAAUGCAAUAUCGGUUCGUAUUCUGUCACCGUCCUUUUCGACGCAUUCUUUUGGGAUGAGUCAGAGAAUGGUGGUUCUUAGGCUAAAUUCUGUUUCGCAACACCAUUCACAUUCACAGUCUGCGUAUCGAGCGACCGUGACCGGACCACCAACUGCUCGGAUUGCUCCACCUGGGUACUAUAUGUUGUUUGUUGUUCAUGCUGGUGUACCCAGUCCUGGUGUUUGGAUUAGAAUUAAUCCUUGA